CUUAACCAUGCGAGGCACUCCCGAGAUGCCGAGAGAAUCAUCCUCAUCCCGGUCGUGCGCAUACGAGACAUCAUCAACUCUUGUUCCGACAUACCUGGUGGUUGGGAGUGAUGUUAUGCCUGUUACACUCUAGAACCUUAUAGAAACUCAACUUUCUUCCAUGUUUGCUACACUUGAUUUGAACUCCAAGAGCUCACGGGCCGAAGGAGUUUCCAAAGUAGAGAAACCCACCAAGCGAAGAUCAAAAACGGGAUGCUUAACUUGUCGGAAACGAAAGAAAAAAUGUGACGAGGCCCGUCCAGUUUGCGUAUUCUGCCAGAAAAGAGGACUUAGCUGUGAAUGGGAAAUCAAGCAUUAUGGGUUGGUUGAGAUCAAGGUCAAGAACGAAGCAAGGAUGGAAGAUCCUAGAGUGAUGAACCCAACGGAUCUAAUUCAACUGAUCCAAGGCCAAGGUGGGAGACUUAAUGAGUUCGAUCCUGGUUACAAUGAAAAGAAACCUUCAGAUACUGAGCCUUAUCUGAGAGAGGAAAUCAUUGAAAUCCCUCGCAAUAUAGAACAUGACUACACACCCGGAAAUGCCCAAUCAUUGACAAGUUUUUUGGAGGAUGAACUCACUGAUAAAACAGACAAUCUCGACAGUCAACUAGCUUUGAGCAGAGUUCAAUCACCGUUGCCUGAUUUUCUAAACGAAUUCACUCUUAAUGAGAUUUUCAGUAAUUAUACCCCCAUGCUAGUUCAACCUUCUUCAUCAUUUAAUCUUUUUCUCGAUGAUAAGGGGCUUGUUUAUCUAAAUUAUUUUGAAAGUAAUGUUGCCAAUCUACUAUCGGUAAGUCCACGGUCAUCCAAUUACUUUUUGAAAACAUUCUUUACUUUAGCAGUCAGCAAUGAGUCAAUUCUGAAUGCAUUGGCUGCAUGGGGUGCUCUCUUCCAUAGUGAUGCAAACCACGAGAUUGUGAACAAGUAUCUUCAAAGAUCAAAGGAUUAUGCAAAUAAGUCUUUAUUGAAUAAGUAUGACUACUUUGUCACUUUGGCGUACUAUUUGAUAAACAUUGGUAUUCAAGUAUGUUCUGGCGAUACCAAAAAUUGGCAUACUAUCUUCAACAAAUGUUGUGAUCUUUUGGGAGCGUAUGGUGGGGUUCGCAAGUUUAUAAAGGAUUUUAAUUACUCGAAUGAUUGCAAAUUCUUACUAGCAAAUUUCCAAUUCCAUGAUGUGAUGUCUUCUGAGACCCUCACAAAUGGAACUAGAUGUUUGCUAAGCAACUACAAUGAUAUCUUUCAAACCAAAAAUUCUUCGGGAGAUGAAGAGUAUGGCAUAGACCCAUACCAAGGAUGUAUCCAACCUAUUGUGUUAUUAUUGGGAGAAAUUAUGAACUGUUAUGCCAAAGUCAAAAGUGCAACCACUGAACUAAAUAAGGAACUCAAUUCUGGUGAAGCAAAAAAUAUUGUUCAGAUUCAUUCAAGAAGGUUAAAUCAUUAUGAGGUUAUCGACCAAUUUCACUAUGAAUUGGCAAACAAGGUCAGGUACUGCGAACCUUUGAAAUCCCAGUUGGAUCAAUUGCCCACAGAAGAAGAGAAAGAAAAGCAUUUAAAGUUGUUUGAGCUAUACAGAAUAACGUCCAAGAUGUAUUUAGCAUUAUAUUUCAAACAACUACAACCAAAUUCGAGUGAAGUUCAAAAUCUUCUCCUUUCCUCACUCAAAAUAAUUGAUGAAUUGAUCGAGACUUAUAUGAAGGGGGCUUUUAAUAUGUCACUUUUAAUAUGUGGGAUAUCAUGCUGUAAUGAGUAUGAUCGAAUGAUCUUGGAUAAAAAAUUCCAAAAGAUAUACUCCAGUUACAAAGUUGGAAAUGUUAAAAGGAUAUGGCAUAUCGUUAAAGAAAGCUGGAGAAGGAAUGCCACUGGUGGUGUUUGUAUCGAUUGGAUAGAUAUAUGUAAUGACUUUGGGUGGAAAUUGUCAUUGUGCUAGAUUUCCGGCGUGUUAUUUAGGCUCGAAAAUAUAAAGAAUAAAAGGG